CAACUUCCUUCAAACUGCACGCAGAGAUAUAAAAAUCAUAUCCACAAGUUCAUCUGAUUUUGACAUCAUCCUUUUAGGAUGUGUGCCAAUUAACUGUCAGUAAACCAACACACACACACAGACACACACUCACACACACCCUAGAACACGUAGGCUCAUUCACAGAGUGCACAAGUAUAUUUUCCAAGCAUGGACCUGCUGAACCACAGAAGGUUAUCUCUGUUGAGAGACAGAUGGAUUCCUGACGUUGUUGACGGAAGUCACUACCAACCAAAUUACCUUUUCCUAGAGGAGUUGGCUUUCAACUCAACUGGUCCAGAGUCGUCUCAGAAGAAAGAAAGAGAUACAGCCAACACAUAUGGACAGGUCCCAAAGGUGUGUUCUGUUGGUCUCCAUCCAAGGAAAAGAAAGGAGCCAGAUAGCACCAAUGUAUACAGUGAGUUACCAGCUCCAAUGGAGGCUGGUCUGCUGAGCCCUCGCUCUGCUUCCAGAGAGCUGGAUUCCAUAAUGGAUGAAUUGCUGCUUGAUCUGGAGAUGGGGGUGCCAGACACUUCUCCCUCAACCCCACCACCGCUUGUCCAUAAGUCAGUCAAGAAGAAACAGAUUGGAGAAAAGAAAGAAAUGGAUGACACACAAGUGAAAGAUUAGAGCACAAACAGCCCAAAGACUUCUGAUCUGGAGCGCAAGGCGUCAACACACAGAAAAACAGACACCAUAGAUGACCUUCUGGGAGGCCUGAGCUCUGAUAUGGAGAAGAUGGGUGUACACACCACGGCCAAGGGUCACUGUGCUUCUUGUGGAAAGGUCAUUGUGGGAAAGAUGAUCACAGCCCUGGGCCAGGUGUGGCACCCAGAACACUUUGUGUGUGUGGUGUGUACGGCUGAGCUGGGCACCAUUGGCUUCUUUGAGAGGGAGGGGAAGGCCUACUGUGAGAAAGACUACCAGCAUCUCUUUUCACCCCGUUGUAGUUACUGCAAGGGCCCCAUUCUUCAAAACAUCCUGACAGCGAUGGACCGCACCUGGCACCCUGAGCACUUCUUCUGUUCCCACUGUGGGGAGCGCUUUGGGCCUGAAGGUUUUCUGGAGAAGGACGGGAAGCCGUACUGCCACAGAGACUUUUACCAUCUCUUUGCUCCAAAGUGCUCUGGCUGCGGAGAGCCUGUGAAAGAGAACUUCCUGACGGCAGCCAACGGCACCUGGCAUCCCAACUGCUUCGUCUGCUCGGACUGUCUGAAGUCCUUCAACGAUGGUUGUUUCCUGGAGCUGGAUGGGCUGUGCUCUCUGCACUUCCACUCCCGCCAGGGUACACUGUGUGGGGGCUGUGGAGAGCCCAUCUCUGGGUGCUGCAUCUCGGCUAUGGAGCGCAAGUUCCACCCUGACCACUUUGUGUGUGCUUUCUGUCUGAGGAAACUCAGUCAGGGAGUAUUCAAGGAGCAGGCAGGGAAACCCUACUGCUCAGCCUGCCACACCAAACUGUUUGUGUGAGACUGUAAUAAUACCUGGUUAAUAUGUAAGGUAAUCAAUUAACCUGAAAAAAAUUCCUACUUACAAAGUAUGUUGAAAAUCCCACACAAAUAAUCUAAGCAAUAUCUGCAUAGAAAUCUAAAAAUAAACGAUGAAUUGAA